UUUAUAAACAAAGAUGGUUUCCCUAACGUGCAGGGUUAUAUGAUGUGAAGAAUUAGUUUGACUGCUGCAAAGGCUCAACCUCAUAACAGUCUGAAGAUGUUGCGACCGCUGUGUCAUGAGGCACAGUUGUUGUUGCACCAGGCUCUGCGAUCUCAGCUGAGAGUUGGUGUGGGGCUUCAGCAGCGAAUGGUUUCUCAUCACUUGUGUAGAGAUUGUCAACGUCAGUUCUCCACAACACGCAAAUACAUCAAGAAAAUCCAGGGCACCUGGUCCCAGACUCUUGCCAACCUUGCACGCCAGCUGAGCUCGAGCACAGGAAGCAAGGAUGGACCAUCCGAACCGGGAUCUUCUCAGCCCAAGAUGGCUGCCCCCGCUGCGGGAGCCCAAACCCCAUUGUCUAGUCCAAAGUCUCUCGAUGGCUCAGGGGAUACAAAGUCAUCACAAUCACAGAAGGUUUUAAAAGUUACGCCCCGAGCAAGGAAAAAGUCCAUCGACUACAGCUAUACCGGCAAUAUCUACAUCCUCCCCGUCAGAGCCAUGAAUGAAUACCUCCUCAAACCAAGUGAUCUCGAUGAGCUGCCAAAGUACUCACGGCGGAGUCCUUAUGAGACAGGGCCAAAGAUUGUUGUUUAUCUGCGCUCGGACGUGGAAGAUUUGGCCGGGAGAGUGUGGGGCAGCCUGGACAAACUGAACAAGGAGAAACACAAGCUGCUGCAGGGGGACCGAUAUGACGUGUUUGAGAUGCGGCGCCUCAUUGACCAACACAAACUACGAGUAGCAGCCAUGUCAGAAGAUCGACCUCCCACUGACAAAAAUUACACAGUCAGGGAAAUAUUUUUGGAGAGUGGCACAGGAAGAGUUGUCAUGUCAGCAAUUUUUGUUAAUGCUUUGAACAGCCUGAUAAAACUUGUAGCAUGGAUCUUCACAGGCUCACACAGCAUGUUCUCAGAAGUCAUUCACUCAGUGGCCGACACAGUCAACCAGGUUAUCCUGGCCUUCGGGCUGUACCACUCCAUGCAGAAGCCAGACUCCGACCACCCGUAUGGGUUUGUCAACCUGAGACAUAUUUCAUCCCUGAUCAGCGGUGUGGGCAUCUUUUGUCUGGGUUCAGGCCUGUCCUGUUACCAUGGCAUCCAGGGUUUUCUCCAUCCAGAACAGCUUGGCUCUAUGUACUGGGCUCUUGGGACUUUAGCAGCUGCCUUUGUUUCUGAAGGAGCAACGCUGCUUGUGGCUGUGAACCAAGUGAGGAAGAAAAGUCGAGCCAAGAACAUGAGGUUCUGGCAGUAUGUGCAGGGUGGGUUUGACCCCAAUGUGAACGUGGUGCUGCUCGAGGACCUCGCUGCCGUGGUCGGGGUAGGCAUAGCAGCGGCAUGCAUGGGCAUCACACACUACACCGGCAACCCCUUCGCUGACUCCCUCGGCUCCAUGUUGAUUGGUGGCCUUCUCGGGGUGGUUGCUACGUUUAUUAUCACCACAAACACAGAAGCUCUGGUUGGCAGGUCCAUCCCACAGACACUGAAGCAGCAGAUUAGCCAGGACCUGGAGAGUGACCGCAUGAUUAGGUCGCUUCAUGAUGUGAAGGCCACUGACAUGGCCGGCCAGGUGAGGUUCAAGGCUGAGGUGGACUUUGAUGGAAGGGAGAUAACUCGUGCAUACCUUUACAAGCUGGACCUGGAGCAGCUGCUUGCAGAGAUGCGCGAGCUGCAGAAGGUCGAGGACGUGGAGGGCUUCAUGUUGAACCAUGGAGAGAAGAUCAUCGACCUCCUGGGGGAGGAGGUCGACAGGAUUGAAAAGAAACUGAAGAAAACCCAUCCCCAGUUGAGGCAUGUUGACCUGGAGGCGUUAUGAGACCAAGGGGAGAUAAUCUAGUCAAGAGUGGUUCAGCAAGAGGACUAGUGCAAUCUUAGACCGCCCAUUCCACAAAGCAUGAAGCCAGUGACACAUGUCGUACAUGGUGCCUCCACCUGGUGCUUGUAUCAAUGGCACCACACUGAUCCAGAUGGGCACACUCACCUCAAUCCCAUAAGUCACCUCGGCCAGCGUUGGGGGCUGGGGGGAAUUCGUAUGGAACUACCAGUAGUUUCGGUCAUGUGACGGUCACAUGACAGAAUACAAUCUGUCUGCAAUCUUGACACUAAAUCAAAUGUUGGAAUUUGGAGAAUUUUUUUUUCUCAAAAUUAAAUAAUUCUUUGCCUUUCCUGGUAAUUUGUGUGAAUCAUACGAUAAGCUGUUUUAUGAUGUGUUAUACAGCUUACUGCACAGGGAUUUUGUGGUACAGAAGGCAGUGGUGUGGACAGUACACUGGGCUGUUCAAGGUGUGAAGUAGGCAGCCAAAACAGCAGAGUGGACCCAGAGAGAUAGUGAGGGGACCACACUGUUGGAGAAGGUUCAGCUGAUGAAAUACUCCCUCACAAUAUACUUCAACCUGUGCCCACUUAGGCUAGGGGCACAGUCUUCAUUUUAACUUUCUCAACAGCACCUUUUUCUUGUGAACUCAAUGUUGUUUAGGGGGUAUUUAAGAUUGGAUCGUCCAAUUGGAUGAUUAAGGUGAGAGAACUCCUGACAAGGCAAAUGACAACUUUAGAGGCUAUCAUGAUAAAUAUUUAUAUCAGGACGGCUAACAACUGCAAUAUAUGUAAUAUUUACCUGUAUGCCAAAUCCAUGUGCCAUAACUGUUGUGGUUCUCACUUUUGUGUUAAGUCUUGCUUUUGGAUUUUCUUUUCAUUCUUGAUUCUCACAAUGAAGGAGAAAAAACACAAUACAGCACUGCAGGGAGAAUAAACCACGAGGGGUACAGCUUAUAUGAGAUAUCAACAUUGUGUAUAGCCUCUUUGAUGGUGUUGAUAAAAUGUACACGCUUUAAAAAUAUUUACCCUAAAUUUUGAUAAUGAUGACUCUCUCAAUAGAAUCCUACCUCGGCAAUGUCGGACAAGUGCAUUUUAUGCACGUGUGUAUUUCCUGUAUAUUCUCACAAUCCUUUCGUCGAUUAGCUGAAGCUGUUCUCCCAAUGACAAUCAUCAUAUCUCUCCCGCUUCUGGAUAUGAUCUUUCAGCCAUCGUGUUUAUCUGCGUGGCCCAGCUACAUCUAUGGGGAACAACUCACCAGAUACUCCCCUCUCACAAAUAACGUGUGCGCAUGUUUGAAUCUCCAGAAAUUAUGUCAUGAUAGAACACUGUUUUGGCAUGAAAUAAACCACACUUCAUUGUUCUUUGCGAUUUAUCUCAUUAGCUAUCUUAUAUAGUCAGUUAAUGCCAUUGACUGGCGAAGAUUUGCCUAUACAUGUAUAUGAAUAAGAGAUGUUAUGCAGGGAGAAUAACUGUUUAUUACAAGGCAAGUAGGCUAUUAGGUAUAUUUGUCAGUUCAUGUCAGUUCUUGAACUAUAUGUAGGCUUUUGAAAUAAUCCUACUUUUUACUUUCAAUCAAAUCAGAUUUUGUUAUAUGUAUUGAUCAUUUGCACAGUUACCGUGUGAUGGUAGUUGUUGUUCAAAGGACAUGUAAGCAUUUAAGGAGAGUUGUCGAUCAGGAUAGAGGACCAGUAGAUGUCCACACAAGACUUUCAUGAGCAAGUGCAGGGGCACUUCGGAUGUUUGCCUUCUCCCGAUACCCUUUUGCUGUGAAGGAAACAUUUUGUAACUAUUUCUGUGAUUGAAGUGGCAUUAUCCAAGGUGGUUGUACGUCCCAAGGAGGUUGCUGUGGACAUUGUGGAGUCUUGUAUGUGAUGUGAAGAGACUGUGCCUGCUAUUUUAGGAACCAUUCUGUUGCUAGUAUACAUGGCUUCAUUGCCAUGAUCGUUGCUGUUUGUUAUGGAUGCACAUCUACGCCAGUGUACAUACAACUAUGCAUGACUAGAGUCCUCCCUAGCCUUGCUGCAGGGGUGGCAGUUAACCCUUCCUUCAUAUGGGUGGAGUGAUCAAUCUCAACAUUCUCCUAAUUCCAUGAAUGUUUGAUCGAAAUUAUCUUGCAAAAUUUUAUCUCCAUUUUGUUGUGUUUUGUUUAUUUGUUUAACACUGAACACCACAAUAUUUCAGCUGCAUGAAAUCUGUAAAUAACCACGAUUCUGGACCAGACAAUCCAGUGAUGACAUCUACGCAAUUGGGAUAAGAUGACAUGCAUCAAGCAAGUCAGCGAGUCUGACCACCCGAUCCCGUUAGUCACUCUUUUGACAAGCAUGGGUUGCUGAAGACCAGUUCUAGCCUGGAAUCAUGGAGACAUUCCAUUGCUAUACAUGUAUAUACCCAGGACCAGUUCACAAUCCUCUACAUCACUUUGCCAGAAGCAGAAUUUGUCUUGCAAUUUAGUGUAAUUUGAUUGGAUGGCUGUGUCAUUUGAAUCAGACUCAAAACUAUAGUAGUGAAUGGACUCAGGUACAUGGAGUUAGCAUCAUGGAAUGGAGAUUAUAUACCCUGGAUAAUAGGAGAUCAUUAAGUGCUCCUUUCAGCUGAUUUUGUGAAGUGAAGCUGCCAUCCUAGUGGUAAAACAGACUAGCAAAGACUAUACAGACAAAAGUACCGUUUGGUUAGUAGUGUUGAGGAAUGUCAUGCAUUGUGAUGUUAUGUGCUAUGUUCAUUCCUGUGCCGCUGAAGUGCUUUAUGUGUCUUCGUUAAGGCCAGACCAAGUAACUGUUUGACAGAUUUUCUAACUGAAUACGAGUGAGUGAGUAAUUGAAAUAACUCAAGAAUUGACAUUAUAUUUUGAAAAUAUUUAUAGAUAAUCAGUGUAGUUGUUUUAUUUUCCUCAGAAACAUGAGUUAGAACAGCACUUAUUUCACUAUAAAUAUUUUUGGUGGACAGUUUUCUUUGAAAUUUUUUUAUUUAUACUUAUUGAAAACUUUGGAUCAUGGUUGAUCUUGUCUGAUCAUUACAGCUAUAUCUGUAUGUCAUGACCUGUUGCCAGAGGAAUUUUGAAACAAACCUUUCUUUUUUUCCCCAAACCACAAAUGCAUGUAGCUGUUUCUUAAUUUUGUAAUUUUAUUAAUUGAUCUCGGUCUUGUAUGACAGUUUCCCCUUUACUGAUUGCAUUUUUUAUUUAUUUUCUAUACUAUUAAUGAUGCUAUGUAUUAUAAGUCUCCAUGUGAAAUGUGCUUGUUAUGGAGUUUUAGCUUGUUGCCAUGUCAUAUAUCCAUGUUGAAAGUCACCAUACUGAGAUACAUAAAGGAGAGUACUGCA